AUGGCGUCGCUGGGCGAGGAGCUCCUCAACAUCGUCAACAGGCUCCAGGACCUCGUUUUCAACACCAUCGGCAAUGACUCUCUCGACCUGCCCCAGAUUGUUGUCGUCGGUUCGCAGUCUUCCGGAAAGUCGUCGGUCCUCGAGAACAUUGUUGGCAGGGACUUUCUUCCCCGAGGCAGCGGCAUCGUAACACGGCGACCGCUUAUCCUUCAACUCAUCAACCUCCCGAGCGAACGCGACGAUGCCGAGGAAAGCGAUGAAGUCCAUGUACCGCAUACACCAGCCAGCGUAGCAGGACAGCAGGAGUGGGGAGAGUUCCUGCACAUUCCUGGACGGAGGUUCUACGAUUUCGCGGAGAUCAGGCGUGAGAUCGAGGCUGAGACAGCGAGGAUAGCGGGAAACAACAAGGGCAUCAACAGGCAACCGAUCAACCUGAAGGUGUACUCUCCACACGUUCUCAGCUUGACGCUUGUCGACUUGCCUGGUCUGACCAAGGUACCCAUCGGCGACCAACCGACAGAUAUCGAGAAGCAGACCCGGAACCUCAUCACCGAAUACAUCGCCAAGCCGAACAGUGUUAUCCUCGCUGUCUCCCCCGCAAACGUCGAUCUUGUGAACUCAGAGGCUCUGAAGUUGGCCCGCCAUGUCGACCCCAUGGGCAGGAGGACGAUCGGUGUCCUCACCAAGCUGGAUCUCAUGGAUCACGGAACAAAUGCUAUGGACAUCUUGUCUGGACGUGUAUACCCUUUGAAGCUCGGUUUCAUUGGUAUUGUCAACCGCUCGCAGGCGGAUAUCCAGAGCGGCAGACCACUUGCGGACGCUUUGCAGGCCGAACGAGACUUCUUCAAGCACCACCCAGCCUACAGGAACAUGGCCAACCGAUGUGGUACUCAGUUCCUGGCAAAGAGCCUCAACCAGACCCUUAUGUCCCACAUUCGCGACCGGUUACCCGACAUCAAGGCGCGCCUAAACACCCUAAUGGGACAAACACAACAAGAGCUCGCAAGUUACGGAGAUGUGGCGUUUACAGGGAAGGAGCACCGUGGCUCGCUAAUCCUGCAACUCAUGACACGUUUUGCUUCGUCCUUCAUUUCUUCCAUUGACGGUACUUCUACCGAGAUCUCGACAAAGGAGCUUUGUGGUGGUGCCAGGAUCUACUACAUCUUCAACUCAGUAUUUGGCAACUCUCUGGAGCAAGUCGACCCUACGAUGAAUUUGUCUGUCCUCGACAUUCGCACUGCUAUUCGAAACUCUACCGGACCUCGACCAUCUCUCUUCGUCCCUGAGCUGGCCUUCGACCUCCUUGUGAAGCCGCAGAUCAAGUUGCUCGAAAUCCCCAGUCAGCGCUGUGUUGAGCUCGUAUACGAGGAGCUCAUCAAGAUUUGCCAUACUUGCGGCUCGACUGAGUUGACCAGAUACCCUAGGUUACAAGGCAAGCUUAUCGAGGUUGUGUCUGACCUGCUGAGAGAGCAGCUUGGACCAUGCUCGAACUACGUUGCGUCGCUCAUCGACAUCCAACGAGCCUACAUCAACACAAAUCACCCCAACUUCCUCGGCGCAGCAGCAGCCAUGUCCUCGGUGAUCGCGGAUAAAGAAGCUAGGGAGAAGAAAGCUGUGCAGGACGCGGAGCGCAAAAAACGUGAACAGAAGAGGCUGAAGGAGCUGAAUGGAGUAAACGGUGGUGAGACACCUGAGGAUGGCGAAGAGUCGCAGAAGGUUGCCGACAAGGCGCUACCUCUCAGGAAACACCAGACACAAACCAGCCGCAGUAUGUCGCCAGCAGUUGGGCGCUUGAUGAACGGCUCUCACAACAGCAUUUCAGGUCAGCUCAGCAAUCGCAACCGCUCACCACCUCCAAUGGCAGCGGGCGGCAACGCACGAGAUGGAUUCCUGAACUACUUCUUCGGCAAAGAUGGCGGUGCUGCGCACAACCCCUCAUUGACAAUAGACAACCGACCUGGCAGCCGGCACGUCAGCCAGAACAUCGAGCCCAGCUUUGCUCAGAGCAUCAGGAGAGGCGACCCUAAGGCACCUUCUCCUAUGGUCCCAUCGUUCAAUAUGGAUGAUGACGAGGAGCCAAGCAGCCCGGCACAAGAAAUCCAGGGCGGCUUUCCCUCGGAUCCGGAGUCUGCUCCUGCACUCACAGAACGUGAAGCCCUGGAGACCGAGCUCAUCCGCCGUCUCAUCUCCUCCUACUUCAACAUCGUGCGCGAGACCAUUGCCGACCAAGUGCCCAAGGCCAUUAUGCACCUGUUGGUCAACCACUCCAAAGACGGCGUGCAGAACCGCCUCGUCAGCUCGCUCUACAAAGAGGAUCUGUUCCAAGAGCUCCUGUACGAAGACGACACAAUCAAGGCCGAGCGCGAGAAGUGCGAGAAGCUGCUCAAGACGUACAAGGAGGCGGCCAAGAUUGUCGGCGAGGUGUUGUAA